AUGACCUUGACCUCGGCUAUUCAUGAUGAUCAUCCACCUAUUCCGUUUUCGACUCCUACAAUAAUGAUCGAACAGUACUCAGCGGGCUUAGUUUUGGCGAAGGAAGAUCAUACACCACCGAGAGAUCUCAAAAAGUCGACGAGGGCUUUGAAAAGACGCCGAUUUGAUGAAGAUUUGAAGCAAUCAUGCGAUCAUCGAGCCAACGUGGGAGGCCUCUGUUUCGUUUGCGGUUGUCAACUUUCUUCUAAUUCAUCGACAAUGACUAACUACCUUGAUGAAAAGAUACCACUUAAAUACGUGCUGGACGAUUUCUCUCUAACCAAAAAGGAGUUUUUCCUUUUCCGUUGCACUAAUUAUCGGACAAACCUCAUCGAAAAGAAGAAGCUUUCUCUCAUCCUCGAUCUUGACAAUACUGCAAUUCAUUCCAUCUCAUUCGAUGAUUUUUUAAAGGAAGACCAUACUAGGGACUCCAAAUCCCUUAAAGAAAAAGGAAUUGUUACUUUUAAGAAGAGGAAGAUCUUAACGAAGAUAAGACCAUCCGUGACCUAUUUCUUAGAAGAAGUGAGCAAGUUGUUCGAGCUUUAUAUUUACACUUUGGGAAGUCAAUCGUAUGCAAAUGCCUUUGCAAAUAUGGUUGAUCGGGAUGAGGCCCUUUUUGAUUGGAGGGUUAUUUCGAGGGAUGACUGCACAACCAAAGGCGAGAAGAAUCUUGACGUCGUGCUCGGAGGGGAAGAGAAGACAGUGGUGAUUGUGGACGACAAAGAAUCUGUUUGGCCAAAACAUAAGGAUAAUGUGUUACAAAUAAAACCUUACUAUUAUUGGCAAAAGAAUCAGAAAAAGACCGAGUCAACGGAAAACUCCAUUAAGUCCAUUAAUUACGAUAAUGACAAGGAAGAUGUAGAGUUGUUGAUUAUAUUGUCGACACUAAAGAAACUUCAUAGGAGUUUUUUCGAUUGUGAGAGAAUUUAUAUUCAUGAGAAUGAUGUUAGGCACAACAUCAAGCGUGCUAGAGAGUAUUACUUAAAACAUAAACACCGUAAUAAAUUAAAUUCUUAA